AUGUGUGUGAUGGAAGUUGAUAGAGAAGGGCUGUAUAUUGAUUUUUCUUUGGUAUGGACGGAGAGGUCAGGAAAAAGGUCUCGUGUGCACAUUAAUGAUGAUAAUACUGUUCGGUUCAUUUAUCUUUGUGCUGAUAAAUGGCCAGAAUUGUAUCCUGAAAAUGUUGAGAGAACAGGCCAUGUUUAUGCAAGUACAUCUGGCCAGGAUAUUGGUGCCAGCACUAGUGGUGGUAGAACAGUUGAAGACAAUGAAGAUGGAGAUGAAGAUAGAGAUGAAGAUAAAGAUAAAGAUGAAGAUGCAGAUGAAGAUGAAGAUGGUGGGGGUGUCGAAAGCAGUGAUGAUGAGUAUGUCCCAUCGGAUGAGGACUCAGAUGACGACACUGAUUUUGAGUCAUCUUCUUCAGUCCCAUAUAUUUUCGACGACAUAAGUGGAUGGGACAAGACUUUAGAGGACGUAGAUUGUGAUGGGAUUAAAAUGUGGGAUGGCAAUCCGUUGACGCUAGGCCUUGAUAUACAUUUCACCAACAAGCCUGAGGCACAAGCGGCAGUGGGAGAAUGGAACUUGGUACAUGGUCGGACUUUCCGGGUGAAAACGAGCUCUAAACGAACAUGGUAUGUCGAAUGCGAGACCUGUGGACCCAAAUAUCCAAAAGAGCGUCUUCACGGCUAUGAUUACUUGUGGAAGGCGCGAGUUUCGCUACAGAAGGCCACCGGUACUUGGAAAAUGGUGGUUUGGUCCGAUUCCCAUAACUGUCUCGGGGCAAACAAGAGAAACGAGUCCCGAAACGUCACGUCUUCUAUGAUUGCUAGACUGGUUGCCCAAAAUGUGCGAAAACAUCCUGAUUUUGCAGUUGCCCAAAUUCAAAUAGAAGUUUUGAAGAGGUACCAAGUCGAAUGUAGCUACAAGAAGGCAUGGCAUGGUAGAAGAAAAGCACUUGAGGCUCUGUAUGGUACAUGGGAAAGAGAAACUGGGAGACAACUGUCAAAUGAUUGGUUCAGCGACGCAAAAGACAAGGCAAACAUUGUGAUCCAAAGAUGUCAGAAUGUUCUACCUCCUAAGCCAAUGAAAUUGUAUGAAGGGGCCCGAAAGAAAUCAUUGAGGCAAAAGGUCAACCGGUUUAGCAAGAAAAACCAGAAGUACGAAGUGGUUACAAUAGUACCUGAUAAUCAACCAUGGAAGGCUGAGGAGAAGCAAGUUGUGCUCUAUGCAGAUCGAGAGUGCACUUGCGGAAGGUCUCAGCGUGGGCGUGGGGGGCAAGAGACAAUCACGCCCACUCAGCCAUAUCAGUCCUCCCAGCAUCAGCAGUCUCAUAUCCCCUUCACUGACGGUUCAUCCCAUCAAUCUCCACAUCAGUCUCCACACCAUUCUCUACAACAUUCAUCCCAUCAGUCUCCACAUUAUUCUCCACAUCAUUCAUCCCAUCAGUCUCCACAUCAUUCUUCGCCGACCCAACAGGCGUUUUACCGUCCCAUUAUGUCUCCCCAGCACCAGCAGUCCCAUUUUGCCUUCACUCAGUUUUCCUCCCCUCAGACUUCUCAGCCUCAGUUUGGAGAUGCUUUUAUUGACUUUUCUGGGUUCCAGAAGAGUUUGCUAGAUGGCCAGUCGAUACAUUACACGAGUAACUUUCUUUCGAGUAUGUUCGAGGGUGUUGCAGGUCAGCAUCAGGCUGAUGACCCAGCUGGAGGUGAACGUGAGAGUCAGGGUGAAGAUGAGGCUGAGGAUGAGGCCGAGGAUGAGGCUGAGGAUGCAGACCAGGAUGAUCAGUUUGAGGGUCAGGGUUAUCAGCGCCAUGAGGAGCAGGGAUCGAGUCAAACUCUAGGGACUCCACCGUUGGCUGGAGUACAGCCUGCAGCAACUCACGAUGACUUGGGGUUGCCUCCAUAUUGGUAUGGCGCUGUGGAAUGGAUCUUUCCAAUCUGUUCACUCAUGCCCUGGAUACUGGGUUACUCUUGGGAAAUUACUACUGUGGACGGUGGAUAUGGGUUGGAUGAGCCUCUAGGGAUUACAAAUGGUGUUGACAUGUGCGAGUGGGAUCCUUCUUCUGACAUGCAUAUUCCUUCUCAUUACUUCCUCGAUGACCUUUCUUGGAAGUCCCCACAUAAUUCUGCUGGUGGUCUUGCUGUUGUUUGGUCAUCUACUGUAAAUAUGCAAGCAAUAGUUAAGGGUGAGCAUUUUAUUUGUUUGAAAGUAGUUGAAUGCAAUAUGUUGGAAUGGUUGCUAGUCUUUGUGUACGGUUCCCCUACUGUUGUAAAUAGAUCCUCUGUUUGGCACCAACUUAGUGAAGCUAUAAGUCCAUUUGAUUAUUCGGUCCUAUUCACUGGUGAUUUUAAUCAAAUCCUCUCUCUAUCUGAUAAGCUAGGUGGCGACCCAAUGAACCCAAAUAAUGCUUCCUCCCUCCUAGCACUUACAUAUGCUUUGGGUUUAACUGAGUUUCAGCAUAAAGGGGUGUGGUAUACAUGGACGAAUAAUCGCUCUGCUCCAAGAUACAUUUAUGAGCGCCUUGAUCGGGCUUUAGCUUCUUAUACUUGGCUUCACGCAAAAGAUCCUGCUAUGCAGCAAAUUGUAUCGCGUUCGUGGGGAGUGUUUUCCUCGCAAGAUCCUCCAAUGCAAGCUGUCUCAAGCCAGUUAGCCGGUACCCUACGUCAUCUCACUAAUUGGCAUGAUAAGUUACCCGACUCAUAUCCGCCUUCACCAUCAGAUCCAGAGUUACAUGCCACUCAAAUUACUCUUAGUGACCUUUUGGAGCACCUACCUUCCCUCAGUACAGCUCAACACGCACAUCUUCAACGGCCUACUACUGAGAAUGACAUACAAUUGGCUCUUUGGGAAAUGCAACCGUGGAAGGCCCCUGGGCCAGAUGGAAUGCCGUAUGCGAUGGGCAUAUUUAAACUUCCGGUUGCUGUGGCUAAUGGCAUUGAUAAACAGUUGGCUCAGUGUGUUUGGCAAGACAAAAGGUCGACGUGGGGUUGGCGAGGCAUCUUGCGGGGAUGCGAUCUCAUGACAAUUGGUCUUAAGUGGCAGGUGGUGGACGGUACUCGCAUUUCUAUUUCAGCUGACUGGAUACCGGGUUCCCCCAGUCCUUUGGCUUAUCACUCAGCAUUUGCUGGAAACUCCUCUCUUAAGGUUGCUAAUCUCAUUCAUCCUGCUGGAGCUCAUCGUGGUCUCAUGCCUGCCCCGUUAUGUUUGCGUUGGGGUGCUCAUGAAGAAUCUAUGGGUCACAUGCUUUUGGAUUGUGCUAGAUCUAGCUCUAUUUGGAGAGCCUUAAAGUUUGGCUUUAAUUUUUCUUUACGUACUCCUCGUCCUUUUGAUCAACGGUUUGUAGAUUGGAUGCCAAAAGCUCUUGCGAAUGACCUACGCUGUUUAUCUAUGUUCUUUCUUUGGGACAUUUGGAGGGAUCGGAAUAGGGCCAUUUUUGAUAAUGUCUUGCUCCCAUCUCCGAAGCAAGUGGUAUCUCAAGCCUUAAGUGGAUGGCAACUAUAUCGUCCUUCUCUGCCACCCCUUCUUUUUUCUCCCGGUGGACUUCCUGAGGUCGUCCAGCCUGCUGCUCAUUUGUCUUGUUUGCAGAUUGAUGGUGCUUUUCAUCUACAUCCCACAAUGGCAGGAGGAGGUGGGAUUUUGUCUGCUCCUGAUGGUCAAGUGUUGUCUAGUGGUGGCUGUCUCUUUCCUGCAGUUUCUCCUCUUCAAGUGGAGGCUUUAGCCUGUCUCUUUGCCCUGGAACAUAUGUCCUCACUGGCUCCUCAAGGUCUGCUAUUACAUACUGAUUGUCUGGUGUUAGCUCAAGUCCUUCUCAAUCGGUUGGAGCCACCUAGGUAG